ACCCACGACAGGAUCAGUAUCCUACGGCUAUAGCUUGCCCCCAACGUUCCUCUGUCGAAUGCACAAAGCGCUCCGCAAGACGCCGUCGUGCAAUCCCACCAGGCUUGCACAUGACCUUCCUCACCUGCGUUUUUCCUUUUCUCUAAACCAUUAUAGCAAUGAACAACAAGAGGAAAGCCAGUGCCGCGCAUGGCGCCGCAUCAACAGGGAAUGACUCUACAGACCGUGCUGCUAAGCGUCGCAAGCUUCAAGAGGAAUUCGGCGACCUUUCCAAUGGCGAAACGGCUAUAUCUACAACCGCUUAUGGGCUAAACAUUUUAGAAUCUAUCAGAGCUACCACGGACAAGAGUGGCCGCCCUGUUGCGCCCUACUUCGAGAGCUUCCCUUCCCGGAGUGAAGACCCCGAGUACCACAAGAAGAUACGGCUCCCGCUUUCCCUCGAGUUGAUCGAACGCAAGUUGAAGAACAAUGAAUACCCUAAGCUUUCCGCCCUGGAGAGCGACUUCAAACGGCUCGUCUCAAAUGCUAAAGAAAUCAAUGAGCGGUCCUCUGUUGCUUUCGGAGACGCCGAACGGGUGCGUAAAGCAGUGAGCAACCUGAUGGUUAAGCAUAACCCUGCAUACAAGAUGGGCAAUUAUCAGGCCGUUGCUACACCCCUACCCCCAACCCCUAGCCCCGGCGCAGGCGAGGAAGGCGAGGAGGAGGGUGAUGCUGAGGAUGACGCCGACGGCGGAGAGGACGGUAAGGAUGCACGUAAGGGGGACGCGAACGUCCAGGAUGUGCAGGACACGCAAGCCUCGGAAGGCGAGGGCCGGGAUGGCGCGGAUCUAACAGCGGAAGAAGACGCUGAGGGAGAAGAAGAAGACGCAGAGGAGGAAGAAGGUGGGGUUGGCGGCGAAGAAGACGAAGAAGAGCAGGAGGACGACGACGACGACGAGGGGGACGACGACGGGGACGACGACGGGGACGAAGACGAAGACGGCGAGACGGCUCCUGCUACGGGAAGAAGACGACGGCCCGGUCGUCCUCCGAAGAAUCCCCUCGCGCACGCUCGGAAAGUUGCAGCACGCGGGCCGACACCCGGCAAGGCCGACACUCACUACGAGAAUGUGCCGUACGAGGGUUUAAACUUCCAGCAGGCGCAGGAGAAAAUCGUGGAAGAGCUGCUCCGGAAGAAGGACGAAAGCGAUUACGCAUACUUUGAGCCUUUCGUCUACUUACCACCGCGAUCCUUGAAAGAUUACUAUGAGAUUAUUGCGGAACCCCUCUCUCUGAAAGCUCUACAGAAACAAGUCCGGGGCCAACAUGGUAGAGGAGGCGCAACUUACGUCAGCGACUUCAAAAGCUGGGCUGCUUUUGAGGAUCAAGCCAGCCUGAUUUGGAAGAACGCUUACCAUUACAAUGAGGACGGGAGUGAGAUUUUUCUCAUGGCUCAGGAACUCGAGCGAUCAUUUCACGAUGAAGUGAAGCAGGCCAAGCACCACAUUCCAGAGCCUCCCCAGCCGCAACCAAAAAUAAAACUGAAGAAGGCCUCGACGUCGGAUACCCCUGGGCAUCCUAAGAAGAUAACCAUCCACGUUGGCGGCGCGGGGAAAACUAGCGCCACCGGGUCACCAGCUCCCGCGACUGGCCAAUCUGGCGAUGGAGACACCACUCGCAACGGCUCGCCUGUGGGCAAAAAUCCCUUCAGCGGUUCGGCAGCCGCGGCCGUCAACUUAAGCCGGCUCGAGAAGGCCAGGAGUGUAUCCACCUCUGUCGGCGCCCCUAGCCCUGCAGCGACGGGUCCGACGAAGGCCGAAGAUGCCGUCCGGCAAUCACCGGCCCUCCCGAGUCACCACCAGCUUGCGCCAGUGGCGAUAGCGCCCGCGAGUAUUGUUCCCAACGGUACGGUGGCGGCGAUAGCGCCGCCGCCACCCCCCCCUCCGAGACAGACGGCGGCAGAAAUUCUCGAGGCCCAAAAAUACAGGCCCCGCCCGAUCAAGGAGUCGGAGGCGCUCAUCCCGAAGCUCAUCAUCAUGUCACACCCCAGCCUUCAGCUCGAUAGCCGGCUUUCUAUAACCAUUCCUGCGAGCAUCACCGAAAGCCAGCAGGAACUCAUUUUUCAUGCCCCAGCAAGCCAUUACCGUCUACAACUUCGGCCGCAGAUAGCGCCAUUUCUCGAGGCGGGGCAGCGCGAGUGGAAGUUGAACGUGCUGCAGGACUCGAUGCGGCUCUAUCCGUCACAGGGUCCGUUCGACAAGAGGAAUGAGCCAGUGUUCGACGCUAACCUCCGAUUUGGAUCCAACCGUCUCGAGGUGUCGGUGGUAGCGGCGCUUCCCAAGGGCGAGAGGGCGGCAAACGGGCUCAAUAUGGAAUUGGAGAAGAUCGUUGUACAUUUCAACUUGUUUAAGCAUCAGUAGUUCGAAUCCGUCAGUCUCGUGGAGGGCCACUCGGGAGAUAUAGAUAGCUCAGAAGGAGGGAUGAGGGGAGCAGGGCCAUAAGCAUCAUGCGACACCAAUGUAUUGCUUUGACGGGAUGGCAGUGGGCCGCGUGUGAAGUUGUACGAAUAUCGGGGCACGGGAUGACAUUAGGCUGGUAGGAGCACGAGAGAGAGGGUGAGAGAGAGAGAGAGAGAGCUCACGUAGCACAGGCCUGUCGCCGUUGGAGCGACAUGCCACACGGUAAGACGGCGAUGCAGCCCGAUUCCCUGUGCUUUGCUACAACUGCUGGGACGAGAAGCGAGCAAAGAAACGGUGCUUGUGCAGUAACUAUGAUUAGAAGAUAGGGUAAUGCGACGGCAGCGGUAUGAAAUAUAUGACUCUAACGUAGAAAAUCGAGGAGACGGACCGCCGCGCGAGAGCCGCCUAACGUCAGGAAUAGGAACAGGUACCUAAGGCACCUAUCCUACCUCUGAUCUAGGUCCUAAGGUAGAGAUUAUAGGCGGCUCACCUAUCGAAGUCGAACACAUACGACGCCCCGUCCCGCCCCUAAGGCGUCUUUAGGAGAUAAGUAGGGUACCUAACUACGGACACAUACAACAGGUGGUACCCCGGGACACACAGACUAGAGGUAGGUACCUAGGUAGAUACAUACAGCGGCCCUGCCAGACCCUGAGCCAGCCAUAACAGCCCUACCAAUCCCUAGGCGCGCCUUUCGAGGCUUCCCCCAU